GGUGGCACUGACUGGCACUGAUGGGUCACACUGAAAGGCAGCUCAGAUGGGCACUGAUAUGUGGCAUUGAUGUGCACUGGUAGGCACUGAAAUAUGGCAUUGAUGUGGCACUGAUGGGCACUGACAGCUGGCACUGAUGAACACUGACAGGUGGCACGGCUGGGGCUACACAGAUCAUCAGGGCACACUGAUCAUCAGUGCCCUGAUGAUCACAGUCAGCGUGACAGCUUGUGAGGAGAGAAAUGCCGAUAACUGGCAUUUUCCUAUUUACAUGCUAUCGGCUGUGAUUGGACACAGCUGAUCACAU